GAAAAAGAGGAGCGCGUGGCUUUCCAAGGGUCAUUCUGACUACUGUAAUUUUGUCGUUUUUAACAAGGCCAGGAUGUCUCAGAUCUUCCAUCAUGGCGACUAUGCCCUUAAACCCUAAGCCCUUUCUUAAUGGGCUCACUGGGAAGCCAGUUAUAGUAAAACUUAAAUGGGGUAUGGAAUACAAGGGUUACCUUGUGUCUGUGGAUGGAUACAUGAAUGUUCAGCUUGCCAAUACAGAAGAGUUUAUAGAUGGUGCUUUGACAGGCAAUUUAGGGGAAGUUCUGAUUAGGUGUAACAAUGUUCUUUACGUUCGUGGCGUAGAUGAAGAGGAGGAGGAUGGAGAGAUGAGAGAGUAGCUUCUAAAUAUUAUUUGCAGUUGUUUCUCUUCGUAUUAUAUUUAUAAUUACGUACUUAGUUCUUAUUAACUGAGCGGGAGGUCUGUAUGGGAGAAUCUUGACCAGGGUCACCAGUACAGACCGAACG